UAUAACACAAACUUAUAAGAAUUCUUAUUUCCAAAUUCAUUCCCAAGAUUAUUCAUUCCAAUAAAUUAAUUCAAUUUUACAUAUUCUCGUACACAUUUUUUGUCCCCUAAAGUUAUACAAUUAUAGUCAACAAUUAUACACUUUUUAUUAACAAGGAAGUAUUAAGCUCAUUACAAAUACAGGAUUAAUUAAACUAAAUAAGCAAUGUUAGCAUAAAUAAAUCCGAUUACUGCUGAGUAACAACAGCCAAGGCGCUAUCAAGCUCGGCGUUGUACCGUUUCAUCGCCUUCUGCAACGGAAAUUUGAGGCCGAACUCGUCCAGCGCGUCCGCGCAGUCGCUCUCCACGGCGGCGCUCAGGCGGGUCAUCAGCGUCCCUUUGUCGUGCGACAGCAGGGCAUGGAGGGACAGCUUCAGAUCGUCCACCGCAUUCUCGAAGCUCUCGCGGCACGUUUUCACCAGCGAGUUCCUCGUCGCCGGCGGAAGGCCCUUCACCGUCGGGAGGAUGGCGCUGCUCAUGCCCUCGAUUUUGGUGGCGUAUUCGAUGGUGGCCUUGAUGGCUCUCUCGGACGCGUCCCGGAGGCUUCUAGCUCCGGCAACCAUACUGGCGCAGAGCUUCUUGUCGGUAGCGGUGUGGCAGUAAUCGCCGUCCGCAGCGGCCAGAUCGGCGGCGUGGGCGAGGAGGAGGAGGAGGAGAGCAGCGGCAAUUCUGAAGGGCAACUUUUGUGAAGCCAUUUCAAUUUUGAAUGAAUGAUCUGCUCAGAUUUGGGUCAGGCCGAUCGCCCUUCUGAUCUAGAUUCUUCC